CAAACAUCCAUUGCAUGUGAAUGUAUGUCAAGGAUUGCAAUCAAACGCCAAACACCAGCAAAAUGUCUGCAAAAACCAAUAGUACUUCUCUGUAGUGAUAAUGGAUCCGAUGAUCGAGAUAUGACCGCAACCAUUGGCGACGACACCAACCAAUGGCUCAAAAACAAGACAACGAUUUGGCGCAACAAGAAGUGGAGGACAAUACUUCGGUGGCGCCAAAAGUUCAGUCUUUGCGUCAGUUUUUCGACAACAGAUUGAUUGGUUUCAAACCGAUAACGUCCGCCGAUAACGAGUUGACGAACACAAUAGAAGCAAAAGCAAUAGAUUCAAGUGAUAAGUCUGAGGACAUCGAUGUGAUUCCUCAGCGACCGAAACGAACAAAUGCUAAACAACCCAACAGACAGUCCAACAACAACUGUAACAUCAAAGUACCGCCGCUGUUAAGGACACUGAUCGGCGUCGACCAAAACGCAACACCUGUUCCUAUGCCUCGCAAAAGUUUAUUGAAAAACAGAUCCAUUGAUCAAACAUACGAUGAGUCGUCUUCGUCUUCAUGUGAUUACAAAGUUAUGCCAAUUGAAUGCAGCGAUAGAUUUAGAGAUAAGAAUCAGAGAUCUAACUCUUUGAUAGCUUCGCUGACAAAAGAGUUAAAUGAAUUAAAUUUUAAAGCAAACAAUAAUUUGCGAUCAAAUUCAUUACAUUCGUUAAAUUGUUUGCCAAAGUUUGACGAAAAUCUCACAUCUAUUUCAUCUAACAUUGAAAGCAAUGUAACGAAUGUGACGCAAGACAUGACAAUUAUUCCGAUAAUAGAGUCAAAGACCCCGAAAAGUAUGACCAAAUCAAAGACAACCUUCAAAUCAAUCCUCAAAAAGAGUAAAUUACUCUCUCUUCGCAAAAGAAGUGCUCAAAAAAGUGAUAAAAAUUGCCAAAUGAAUAGCCAUUCCUCAAAUGUUUGCCAAAUCAGACCAAUUAAGCCGACCAGAGAUCCUCCGCCGCCGCCUAUCCUCAUAUUUCGACCGCCGGCGCCCUUACCUCCCGAAGAACCUAAAGAGGACUACUAUGAGGACACACUUGAGAUUAAUGGAUACAAUCAUUUGUUGCCCAAUACCUAUGAAUUAUAUAAUGAUUCUGAAGAACAAAUAUAUUCAACUCUGGAUAAUGAAGAUGAAAGUGAUGACCAACUUUACGAAGGAAUCGACAAUUACGAUGACUUAACCACUGGUGAUAAAGAUUUGUAUUCAUGCGAUGAUAAUUAUUAUGAAGAAUCGGCCUAUGAUUUGGACGGAAUCUAUGAAGUACUUCCAUUCGAAAAGGACUUCGAAACAGAUAAUGAUAGCCUAUUGUCGACCAAUUCUACCAUUUCUUUAGACAGUCAUUACAGUGAAAACCAGAAUCUAAAUGGAAGUAAAGAUAAUCUGAAAGUAGACUCAAAGUUGAGUUCAUUUGAAAAGAAACAAAAUCUCAAAGCAAUUAAAUUAAGAAAGAAGUUUAAUCUGACGGGCGAUGAGAUACCGGUUAACGCUGGCAUUGUUAAGGAAGACAACAGAGGCAAUAGGUAUGACCUGUUUGUGCGCAAAGGAGAAACAGUUCUUAUAUUGCGAAUGGAAGCAAAUCCGCCGGGAAAGUGGUUAGCAAAGAGCGAACGAUCCAAAGUCGGAUUUGUCGACUUAGACAACAUCUCAUUUGAUGCCGAAUCUGUCAAAUCUGUUAUUAAAAUAUUAACUGAUUCGCAAUGCAAUAAUCAAACCAAUCAAUGACCGGUCAUUCUUUGAGAUUAAAAAAAGGUAUAAUUGUUUACCCAAAUGCCAUAUGUUUGCUAAUAAAUACUUGAAUGCCUUAUAAAAAAAGUAUUACAAUA